GGUAGGGAUUCAAGGAGAGGUCCAAAAGGUGCGCAUGCGCACUGACCCCGGCGGGCCCUAGCAACCAGAGCAGUGACAGUAGCAACCGCCGGAAUGGCAAAAGCAACAACAAUCAAAGAAGCCCUAGCCAGAUGGGAAGAGAAAACCAGUCAGAAGCCAUCCGAAGCCAGAGAGAUAAAGCUGUAUGCCCAGAUUCCCCCUAUAGAGAAGAUGGAUGCAUCCUUGUCCACACUUUUUAAUUGCGAGAAGCUUUCACUGUCUACAAACUGCAUUGAAAAAAUUGCAAACCUGAAUGGCUUAAAAAACUUGAGAAUAUUGUCUUUAGGAAGAAACAACAUAAAGAACUUAAAUGGACUGGAAGCAGUAGGGGACACAUUAGAAGAACUGUGGAUCUCCUACAAUUUUAUUGAGAAGUUGAAAGGGAUCCAUGUAAUGAAGAAAUUGAAGAUUCUUUACAUGUCUAAUAACCUGGUGAAAGACUGGGGUGAAUUUUUGAAGCUGGCAGAACUACCAUGCCUAGAAGACCUGGUGUUUGUAGGCAAUCCCUUGGAAGAGAAACAUUCUGCUGAAGGGAACUGGAUUGACGAGGCAACCAAGAGAGUACCCAAACUGAAAAAGCUAGAUGGUACCCCAGUAAUUAAAGAGAAUGAGGAAGAAGAUAACUAACACCACAUUUUUCACUUUGUGUAACUUAUUUAAAUGUCAUAAGAACAAUAGAUAAGUUUUGUAUAGUUGUCUAUUUUAAAGAUUCUGUGUGGGGCAAAUGGUUCUUAAGAUAAAACAAAUCUUUCAUUCCUUUUUUUCUCCUAACCUAUUCAGUGUUUCUCCCCCAAAAUGAUAACACCAACUUUAUAUAUUCUAGUUCUCUUUUUAGAAGCUAUAAAUUUUCAAUUGUUGUCUUCAGUCCCAGUUAUAUACUGCGUGGCCCCAUCUACUGAAACCUUUAUAGACCAGUCAUUUUUAACAACAAAGGAACAAAUGUGAUUCUUUAUUCAGUUUGUUUAGUUUUUUCAUUUUUGUUUCUGUUUUUUUUAGGCCAGGCAUUUAAAUAUAUACACUUAACUUUUGAAUCUGUAGGCCAUCUUUCUUGAAGGUCCAUCUCUUUAUGACUCAGAAGCACAAAUGUGUCAUGCCUUUGGUUUGGGAAGAGCUCCUCUUAGAAAUAUAGCAGCAGUCCUAGAAUCAAGACUCCAAAGUCCAGUUGGAAAAACUAUGGUGAAAAAAGGAAAAAUUAGUACCUUGGAGGCCUUAUAGCCCAUGUUAUAUUUACUUAUUUGUUGUUCCAAAAGUGUGUGCAUUGUCAACCGGAAUUUUGUUGUGUUUACCUGCAUGUCCACUCAAGUCCUGCAAACAGUCAGCCAGUCAUUCCGUGAUCCAGGUCAGUGGUUAAAAUGACUGUUAUAAUCACUCCUUUGACCAAUACUUUGGCCUUAUUACACAUAUGGACCUGAUCUUGGGCAUACUUUUUGGUUAUAAUUCCUUAUAUUGGGUUGGCCAAAAGGUUUGUUCGGUUUUUUCCGUAAGAUGGCUCUAGUAGCACUUAGUUGUCUUUAACUUCAUUUGAAACAAUUUUGUUAGAUUGUAUUGUGACAGCUGUCAUAUCAGCAUGCAUUUUAAAAAAACUUAUCAAAAUUGGUGAAUUUUUGUGUAGCCAUUUUAAUGUUGAAGAUGGAAGAAAAAAAGCAACAGUUUUGGCAUAUUAUGCUUUAUUAUUUCAAGAAAGGUAAAAACGCAACUGAAACACACAAAAAAAGAUUUGUGCAGCGUAUGGAGAUGGUGCUGUGGCUGAUCAAACGUGUCAAAAGUGGUUUGCGAAGUUUCGUGCUGGAGAUUUCUCGCUGGAAGAUGCUCCACGGUCAGGUAGAUCAGUUGAAGUUGAUAGCCAUCAAAUCAAGACAUUAAUUGAGAACAAUCAACGUUAUACCACGUGGGAGAUAGCCUACAUACUCAAAAUAUCCAAAUCAAGAGUUGAAAAUCAUUUGCUCCAGCUUGGUUACGUGAAUCGCUUUGGUGUUUGGGGUUCACAUAAAUUAAGCGAAAAAAACCUUCUAGACUGUAUUUCUGCAUGCAAUUCUCUACUUAAACGUAACAAAAACGUUCCAUUUUUAAAACAAAUUGUGACGGGCAAUGAAAGGUGGAUACUGUACAAUAAUAUGGAACGGAAGAGAUGGUGGGGCAAGCGAAAUGAACCACUACCAAUCACACUAAAGGCCGGUCUUCAUCCAAAGAAGGUGAUGUUGUGUAUACGGUGGAAUUGGAAGGGAGUCCUCUAUUAUGAGCUCCUUCUGGAAAACCAAACGAUUAAUUCCAGCAAGUACUGCUCCCAGUUAGACCAACUGAAAGCAGCACUCGUCGAAAAGCGUCCGGAAUUAGUCAACAGAAAACACAUAAUCUUCCAUCAGGAUAACUCAAGACUGCGUGUUUCUUUGAUGACCAGGCAAAAGCUGUUACAGCUUGGCUGGGAAAUUCUGAUUCAUCCACUGUAUUCACCAGACAUUGCACCUUCAGAUUUCCAUUUAUUUUGGUCUUUACAAAAUUCUCUUAAUGGAAAAGAUUUCAAUUCCCUGGAAGACUGUAAAAGGCACCUGGAACAGUUCUUUGCUCAAAAAGAUAAAAAGUUUUAGGAAGAUGGAAUUAUGAAGUUGCCUGAAAAAUGGCAGAAGGUAGUGGAACAAAAGGGUGAAUACGCUGUUCAAUAAAGUUCUUGAUUAAAAUGAAAAAUGUGUCUUUUAUUUUUACUUGAAAAACCAAAGGAACUUUUUGGCCAACCCAAUAUGUUAGAUAAGUAAAUAUAUAUAAGCAGUAGUUAUAUUUGAGUUUCCAGCCUAAAUGUUGGCCAUUCAUACUUUUAAAAAUUUGCCCUAAUAACUUUGGUCUGUUGACCCUCAUGUUGAGAGAAGUGAUUGUUGUAAGGGUGUAGAACUUGAAAGACUGGAUUUGGUAUCUUUCAAUAAGUGAAAUUUAGUAUUUCAAAAUAUAUUUUUUCAAAAAGUUUAAGUUAAACAGCUCUUAAAAUGAAUUAUGUAUAUGGUUGUGGAUGGAAAAGAGAUGUUUCAUUAUGGAAUCCCAGGCAAACGGCAUUAUUUUUGAGGAUUGCCUCUUCUGUGAAGCAUAGCAGGUGAUGUAACCUCAGAAUUGCAAAGCAAUAGUUGGAUACAGAGCUUGGAAUUUAUCAUAGAAGAAAAUACUGUUUUUGGAAAAUGCAAGAUACGGUAGUCAGUAACCCGAUGAAGUCCAUAGUAGGCUGUGACUGAGUCACUGAUAGAUUGCAAAAAAGACGUCAGAGGCCCUCUGUCAUAUUGUGCCUAAAGUCCCUCAACCAGAGACUAUUGGUUCCUAUUUCCCCAUUUACUUGUGUAAAACUAGUCAGAGGGAAGAGUCA